GUAUAUACAACACAACAAUUCUCUCUGGGUUUUUCUUUCUUUUUCAGCUUUCUUCAAAUCAAAUCAAUUUGUAAAAAACCAAAACCAAAACAAAAAAACAGAGUAAGUUGUUCUGGGUUGUGAUUCUCGCAGAUCGAUUUGCACAUUCUUCCAGAAAUUGUGAAAAUUGUAGAUAGAUUGAUUGGUGGAUUGGUGUUUGGAACUUGCCCAGGUGAAGAUCUUUGUGGAGUGAGGAGACUGUGGAGGUGAUGCUUCUCUCUGUUUGAUGAGUUCAUAUUGCCAUGUAUGCCUGAGAUAUGGUGUUGAAGAAGAGGCUAGAUUUUGGAUUUAAUGGGUUCCAGGUCCCAACCAUACCCAAAGCUCCCAGAUCAGCUAGAAGGAGGGGCCCACAAAAGAAGCCAGUUGAGGAUGAACAAAUCUGUGCGUUUGAAUUACUGGCCUCUAUAGCUGGCAAGCUAUUGCAGGAGAGUGAAAGUUCAUCCGCCUCUAGUAAUGCUUCCCAAGGAGAGUCUCAGCCUGCCUUUGGUAAAGAGGUUAAGCAGGAAAUACAAGAUGAACACAAACUUCUGAAAGAUGAAUGUCUAUAUCAAGGCUGCUCUGAAGAGAGUGUUUCUUUAGAGCUGACCUCAAAAAGCAUUGAUCGGAAGUGUACUCUAAAAGAAUUUCUGCAUGCAGAGAGUGAUACGGCUUUGGAACAUGCUUCAAUUAUUACUAGUUCCCACAGCUCAGAGAAUCUUGCUGGUCAGACGAAGCCUGUAAUACGCAGUAGCAAGCCCACACUUCACAAUUAUUCCAGUAAAUUAGGGAGAGGCUCCCCAGGUAUUGGAGAGUCCUCUUUUGGUAAUUUAGGAACUCCAAAAGGCAGUGAGGGAUUAGAGACUGGAGGUUGUAAUAGGGCUAACACAUGCAGUUCCAAGGAUCCAAUGGAAUUGCAUGCAGAGUAUCCUGCAACUGUCGAUGGAGACAAUAAUGUCAAAUUGUCGUUGUACAGGAAUCUUAUUCCUAAUGCUUCUUUUUCCAGGCGUAGGAAUCAUAUUAAAUUAGGUAUUAGAGAUGAUGACGAAAAGUUUUCUAGGUGCAAUAAACUCAGCACUAAGGUAAAGGUCUUUAGGCCUCCAUCUCGUAUUGGAGACCGAAGAAUAAGAAAGUUACUGACAUCCAAGUAUUGGAAAGCGGCUCCAAAACUGAGGGAAUGUGAUAACCUCAGAUAUGAUGGGGGAGUAAAACCUACUUAUCACAAGAGGAAAAUCUUUUACAGUCGCGAACGAUCUCAGCGUGACACUUUUUGUAAGAGGAGGAAAAUGGUUGAACGAAGCUCGAUAGUGACUUCUGAUGGAGGAUUCAGUGGUGAGAGUGUUUCUUAUUCACCUGAGAAGGGCAUGAAUGGAGACAAAAGUGUUCCUGCAAAUGGGGUGUCUUCUUCAGUCAUAGGCCCUAAAGCUUCUCUCCACUCCAGGGAUUCUCAUGUGAAACUCAGAAUCAAAUCCUUUAGGGUACCAGAGCUUUUAAUUGAGGUGCCAGAAACUGAAACUAUCGGUUCCUUGAAGAGGACAGUUAUGGAGGCAGUAAAUGCAAUACUUAAUGGUGGCCUAAAUGUUGGGGUGUUAGUUCAAGGUAAAAAGGUUAGGGAUGACAACAGAACUCUACUGCAGAGUGGAAUUUCUUGUAAAGACAAUCUAGAUUCACUGGGUUUUACAUUGGAGCCUAGUCUUGUGGAAGCUCCUUCAUCUUUGUGUCCUGGUGAUCCUCCACCGUUGUCUUGUGGGGCAUCAAUACUGUUGGCUGGGUCUCCAAGCACACCUCUACUGGAUCCAGGGAUUCCUGAUGCAAUAUCUGAUCCCCCUCCUCUGACCAAUUCAGGCAGUCUUGCUGAAAUAAAUCAUGAAUUGGUUUCCUCUCAUAUUGAGCCAUUAAUCAUAAAAGCCAUGCCAGAGUGCCAGGCAAUAGUUGCUCUUCCUGACGUGAGCAUGGAGCCACUAGCUGCAGUUCCUGUAAACCAGAGAUCUAAGCGAUCUGAGCUUGUGCAGCGUCGAACCAGGAGGCCAUUCUCUGUGUCAGAAGUAGAAGCAUUAGUGCAGGCUGUUGAGGACCUUGGGACCGGAAGGUGGCGUGAUGUUAAAUUGUGUGCAUUUGAGAAUGCAGAUCAUCGAACUUAUGUGGACUUGAAGGACAAAUGGAAGACCUUGGUUCAUACCGCACAAAUCUCUCCUCAGCAAAGAAGGGGAGAGCCUGUUCCGCAAGAGCUUUUGGACAGAGUAUUGGCUGCCCAUUCUUACUGGUGCCAACACCAGGCUAAGCAACAAGGCAAGCACCAGGCUUGUGUCCCGAGGAUCACAGACACUUGCUCGACUGAUAGACAUGGAGCUGAAAGGUACUCAGCCAUUGUAUGAUGUAGAAAACAGCAAAAGUUGACAGAAACAGAGAAAGAAGACAACUGUACAAAUGACCCUCCUAAAAUUGUGUAUUAUUCUCACACCCAUACUAUGAUUUAUUUGCUGACAUCUCUGUCUGAAGAUGUUAGCAUAUGUAAAUGAUCUCGUCAAAAUAAGUUCAGUCAGUCUAACAGUACAGUCAUUUGAAUUCAAUUUUUUCAUCAUAAAUAUUGUAGAAUUGUGAAUGAACAUCAUCAGGAAAUAAAGUUCUUCAAUUGUUUUCCUUUGUUGCUC